AUGUCAACAGGGGUGCCGCCCUCGAAUGCGGAAUUUGGUCAUGCGCCUGGCACCACCAAUGGCCAUGCGCUCGGCCACAGCCGCGGCCGUGGCCAUAAUCGAUCCGCUCGCUUUGCGCAGCCGCCACCUCCCCUCUUCGCAAGGAGUCUCAACACGGACCUAGCCCAAGAACCGGAGUCAACCGACCCUACCAACAUCAACAACUCCUCUGACAAUACAACACGGUCAUCAUUGUCUCACCAUCAUCAUUCGGGCUCCUCUCAUUCGAUCGCACACCAUCACCACGCCAAGAGUGUCUCUUCAAUCCAUCACGAUGUAUCGCAUAGCCAUAGCCAUAGCCAUAGCCAUGCCCAUGCCCAUGACCUCACGGCUGAAAGUCCCAUUCAUGUUGAUGAGAAUCCUGAACGAGUGCAAGAACUCCUCGCAGGCGCUUUGAUUGCAUUCCCCUGGAUCGUGAUCUCCUGGUACCCUCAAAAUUGCGCACGGGCAGAAAUUUCUGGGACCGAAGUAUGCACAUCUACUGCAUUCACGGAUCAAAUGGGAUGGAAGACUUGCACUUUGACGGCAAUGACCCUGCUCAUCUUCGGCUGUGCACAACUGAUACGCAUGAACAACCAACAAGCUCGGCCAAUGACCGACAUCUUUUCUAUCAAAUUCCCGACGCCAAACCUGAAGACAGUAAAGUCUGCUGUUUUGCAGAUAUGCUCAAUCGGGCUGCCUAUUUAUGCUUCUCUGAAACUCGGGGGCUUUUUGGUCGUUUUCACACUACUCCUUGUCUCGGCCACCGGCAUUCCAAGUCUAGUCAACGGCAAUUCUCACAGCAGAACAUCUGACCGAUACCGUAAAAAGACUUUGACAAUGGCCCUCAUAGGAGCUGUAGUCUUACUGAGCUUGCUAGGCAUGAAUCAACCAUGGGAUUCAUCACCACAUUUCGGGUACCUUGCGCUCCUGCUCUCGACAUUUGUUCUUUCUCCGCCUCUCCCUUCUCUUCACCACCAAGGACCCAUCCCAGAGCCAGGCUUGGUUGCUGAAUCCAUAUCCAAACAAAACACGGUCAAGGGUUCAAGCCAAUUCUCAUCUAUUGUUACCACGGAUGCUCCACUUGCACUCGUGAAUGGAAUUUCCCUAGCCUGCCUUGUGUUAGUUUUCUCUCGUGGGCUCCCAUUUAGUAUAUCGGAAUUGUUUUUCCUGCUGGUUCCCGCCGGACUUUUUGCACUUUCUUUGAUGUUUGCACUUGAUUCAGGACUGCGCUCCCCGAACAAAGUCGGACUCGCUGCCUGCACUGGUGCUGCGGCACUUUUUUGCUCGCCUCACACUGGGGAUGACCUUCUAGUUGCCUAUACAAUACGCGGUAUCUUGACUGCCGCUUCUUUCUUUGCUGCACGAAUGGAUGACAGUCACUUACGUCUGGACUCCCAUCCGUAUAGUCACGGUCACCAGCAUCACCAUGGCCAUUCCCAUGGUACCAGCGAGACCAGUCGAGUGACAAAGUGGCUAAUUCAGCGAAGUGAAGCUUAUCCUCUGAUUUCCAGUAUUUUGAAAGAAAAAGACUCACGCAGCAUUUUUUACUUCAUGUGCUUGAAUUUUACAUUUAUGCUGGUCCAGCUAUCCUAUGGAUUCCUGACUGGCUCCCUUGGGCUUUUGAGUGAUAGUAUCCACAUGUUCUUUGAUUGCCUAGCUCUCAUCGUCGGGCUUUGUGCAGCUGUUAUGAGCAAAUGGCCACCCAACGCCAGAUUCCCUUAUGGCUACGGGAAGGUAGAUACUCUGUCCGGCUUUGCCAACGGUAUCUUCUUGAUGAUUAUAAGCGUUGAAAUUAUCUAUGAAGCAGUGGAACGGCUAUCUUCGGGGAGCCAGAUGCACCGGAUCGGCGAACUGCUGGCAGUCAGUAUUGCUGGACUACUUGUCAACUUGGUUGGCAUUUUCAGUUUUGAGCACGGACAUCAUCACCAUGGCCAUGACCAUGGCCACGACCAUUCCCAUGGAAAUGAAAAUAUGCACGGAAUUUUUCUCCACAUUCUCGCCGACACCUUGGGCUCGGUAGCCGUGGUCAUUUCAACCAUCCUUGUGCACUAUUCCGGCUGGUCAGGGUACGAUCCUCUAGCAUCUUGCUUCAUUGCGAUCUUGAUCUUUGCCUCGGCUGUGCCGCUAGUCAGUAGUACAGCCAAAACUUUACUCCUGACCCUGCCUGCGGAUACUGAAUACAACGUCCGUGAAACCCUAGCGGGUGUGAGCACAUUACGUGGAGUUGUGACCUACACGGUGCCUAAAUUCUGGCUUGAUGAUACUAGCUCAUUCGCAUCUGAGCAUGGGCACGACCACGAUCAUUCAGGCCAUGGCUGCGAUCAUAAUCAUAGUCACAGCCAUAGCGAGCACGGCCAUCACCACAAUCACAAUCAUGCUGACGAUCACACCCACGAUCACCAUGACCACGACCAUUCACAUGAACCUAAGUUACAGAAUGUGCUUGGAGUCAUCCAUGUUACUGCCUCCCGUGGCUCAGACCUAGAAGAUGUUCGUCAACGAACAGUUAACUAUCUUCGUGAGAAGAACAUGGAUAUUGUCGUCCAGGUGGAAAGAGAUGGGGAUUCACGCUGCUGGUGCAGUAGUGGAGGAAAGGCCUCUUGA